AUGGCGGCGACUCCGACUCAGUCGCAGUUCUUGGUGAACCUCUCUCACGGUCACAGCUUCGCCUCUCAACGCAAUCUCAGAGCGAAUUCUCGUGUUUCAUCUUCUUCUUGUGAAAUUCCGCGAACGAAUCGGCCAUGGGCUUUGCCAGGUUCCUUAAAAGUAGAGAAAUUUCGACCCCAACGAGUAAGGAGAAGAGGAUCGCCGUGUUUGGGGAGCUUCGAGAAUGGCGGGUUGCUCAGAAAUGGGAUCAGUGAUGGUGAUGGGAUUAUAAUCGUCGAUCACGGUUCUCGUCGCCGGGAAUCCAAUUUAAUGCUUGAGGAGUUUGUGAAAAUGUUCAAAGACAAAACCGGAUACCCAAUUGUGGAGCCUGCCCAUAUGGAAUUGGCUGAGCCAUCUAUAAAAAGUGCAUUCAGUUCGUGUGUACAAAAAGGGGCCAAACGUGUAGUUGUUAGCCCAUUUUUCCUGUUUCCUGGAAGACAUUGGCAUCAGGACAUUCCGUCGUUGACGGCUGAUGCUGCAAAGGACUUCUCUGGCAUCUCAUACCUCAUAACUGCACCUCUCGGCCUCCAUAAUCUCCUCAUUGACGUUGUGGACGACAGAAUCCAACAUUGCCUGAGCCACGUUGAAGGUGAUGCAGACGAGUGUCUGGUUUGUGCUGGAACAAACAAGUGCAAGCUCUACAUUAGUUCUUAG